AAAAGUAAUUACACACAAAAAAAUUAAUUAAAAACCUAGAGUGUUUACUGGCCAUUACCAAACGGACAGCGUCGUUGUCGUAAACCUUUUGCCUCUUACAACAAUUCUCAUUAGAAAUUUCGAUUGUGCAAGUCCAAUAGCAGCAGCAACAACAACAACAACUACAGCACAGCAACAACAAUCAUCAUCAUAAGAAAGAAGUAAAAAGUCACUGAGUGGAGACAGAGAGUGCGAACGAGCAAGCGAGAAAGAGAGUGAGUGAGUGUGUGCGAGCUAAAGUGCGAGACAGAGAAAGAUACAGAGAAAGACAAUCAUCAGCGUUGUCGUCGCCGUCGUUGCCGUCGCCGUCGUCGUCGUUCCGUUUUGUGGUUUAGCAGCAGCGUCAAAGUCAGCACAGCACAAAUAUGUCUAGCGAUUCAAGUCGACGCAUUCAGGUGCCAGACGAACUGAAGGAGGUGCUACUGCAGUUCUCCAUUGCAUAUCUGGUCGAACAGCCGGUGGAUCUGAUUGACUUUGCAGCCGAAUACUUUAACAAACUGCAGGCACAUCGCCCCAACACAACAACAAGCGACUUAAACGAUGAUAAUCAGAGCAUCAAUUCACAGGAAGGCGACGCGGAACCACCAAUAGUACAAAGCUCACGUCGCAAAUCAGUUUUCGCAGAAGCAUACGAUCCGGAGGCGGACGAUGAUGAUGAGGGCGCCACCGCCGUAUUCCCCAAGACAGAUGAACAGCGGGCACGUCUCAUCGAGUCUGUGAAGAAUGUGCUGCUCUUCCGUUCGCUAGAAAAGGAACAGAUGAACCAAGUGCUGGAUGCGAUGUUUGAACGCAAGGUGCAGCCGGGCGAUUUCAUCAUACGCCAGGGCGAUGAUGGCGAUAACUUUUAUGUUAUUGAAUCUGGCGUCUACAAAGUCUACAUUAAUGACAAACACAUUAGCACCUACAAUCAUACCGGAUUAUUUGGUGAAUUAGCGCUGCUUUACAAUAUGCCCAGAGCGGCCACCGUGCAAGCAGAAACAAAUGGCCUCCUCUGGGCCAUGGAUCGUCAGACAUUCCGACGUAUCUUGCUCAAGUCGGCAUUCAAGAAGCGAAAAAUGUACGAGGAGCUGCUGAACAGCGUGCCGAUGCUAAAGGCGCUGCAGAACUACGAACGCAUGAAUCUGGCCGAUGCUUUGGUUUCCAAGACCUACGAGAAUGGUGAUCGUAUCAUUAAGCAGGGCGAUGCCGCCGAUGGCAUGUACUUUAUUGAGGAGGGCACCGUGUCGGUGCGCAUGGAUCAGGACGAUUCGGAAAUUGAGAUUUCCAAGCUGGGCAAGGGCCAAUACUUUGGCGAACUGGCGCUGGUGACACAUCGGCCACGUGCCGCAUCCGUUUACGCUACGGGCGGCGUUGUUAAGCUCGCAUUCCUCGAUGUGAGAGCAUUUGAGCGUCUGCUUGGACCCUGCAUGGACAUUAUGAAGCGCAACAUUGACGAUUAUGAAUCGCAGCUGGUGAAGAUAUUUGGCAGCAAAAAUAAUAUCACCGAUACACGAUAAAAAGUCUGAACAACAACCACAACAACAACAACAACAACAGCAGCAGCAGCUACAACAACAACAACAACCACUACCAGGCUAAUGGGUUAUUAGGACUCUACACAUUUAAACGAAGGCAGCAAAAAACAACAACAACAACAGAAAUAUAACAGAAAACAGAAAUAAAAACAACAUCAACAAAAAGCACAGCAAAUACCAAUGCAAGCGCAAGCCAAACACAAACACACACACACACAAGCACACACGAAUUCUUGAUUCUUGAUAUGUUUUAAGCUGAGGCUGGAUAAUGAAAUUCAAAAACAAUGAUAACGAUAAUAUGAUAAAACGAUAAUGAUAAUGAAAAGUUGAUGCUACACAUAAAGAAAAAAACAACAACAACAAAAAAACAAAGAAAAAACAAAACUAAAGAAAAAAGAAAAGAAAUAUUGUAUUGUAUGUAUUAGCAAUUGUAAUUUAAUGUAUUUAAUUGAAACAAAAUGAGAAAAACUCACAAGAGAAAACCAAUUGGGCGAAUCAAGAAAGAAGGAAUUAAAGAAAUGUAAUUUUUUUCGUGUGUCAUUCGCUCAAAUGAAAUGUUAAGUGCAUAGUUAAUAGUCUUGUUUUUUCAUACUUUUAUUAUGAUUAUUAUUAAUAUAUUAUAAUACUAAUUUGUUAUCAAUUGAUUUACGCAUAAUUUAGCACAAUAUAGAAGCAAAAACUAUACAAAAAAUAAAAAAUAAAACUCGUUUGGCUUAAUGAAAUAAGUUUAAUAAUCGAAACAACAACAAGAAGAACAAGAAACCACGUUUAUUGUUUAAAUAAAUAUAAUAAAAGAAAGAUAUCAAAUAGUCGCAAAUGAACACACAUCAAACAAAGAGUUUAUAUCUACAAAUGCAAAACAACCAAUACAAAUACUUAUAUAAAGUAACAAACUACACAUAUGCAUAAAACAAAUCUAAUUUAUUUAUAAAAUAAAGUAAAAAACCAAUCAUUGUACUAGUCUAUAUGUAAAAUUGCUGCUUGCAGUGUUUACGAAAAAAAACAAAACAAAAACAACAAAAGUAAAAAAAAAGCAUAAAAAAGAAGGAAACAUAAAAAAGCUGAUGAAAUGUUUCAGCUAAUACAUUAAUUCAAAAUAAAUACUUUGAAAUUGUUUAAUGAAAAAUUAUAUAUAUGAGACACGCUAAUGAAAUGUUAUGGCCCCUUUACCCGUCAAAUAUUAAGAGAUACUUUUUGUUUUUGGGUUUCCAGCGAGCCAAAAACUAGCUCUUUCAACAUUUUCAACAGAUCUAUUUAACAAACAUACAAUUUUCCACCUUCCAAGAAUUUUUAAGCUCACCCAGCACAAAAUGAUCGAUCUCAAUAUACGCGAAAUUUUAUUAUUAAUAACAUUUUACUCAAAUCAUUUUUUCGAAAAAAGUUUCAAUUUCCAUUUCAAUUGGCUCUACAAAAGAGAAGGCUAAAGGCACAAUCAAUAUAUAUGUUGCAUGGGAUCAACUUAGAAAAUCUUUGAAUAUGAAUAUGAAAUAUCUAGCGCAAGCAUACAUAUAAUCAGAUCUGCUCAGUUAUUAUAUGGUAUUUGGUAUUAUGGUUUAUAAAUGAUAGGACUCAAUAUAGCGAGUCCUUCUCUAUAGUAGUUAGAGAGCAAAAGCAAAAGCAAAAGCAAUAUCAAAGGCCUAGAUGUGUACUUAGUAGAGUUUUGUUUGCAAUUUCAAGAACUAACAUACAACAAAUAGAUACUAUUUAUGCGUUUUACCUAAACUGAACCUAUCCCUACCCUCUCCCAUCCCCGCACUCCUCUACCCAUUGUACUCUAUACUCUAGCACAUAAAUACAUAUUACAUAGAGAAAGGGAGAGAGAAGCAUGUAAAUGUAUCUGUAUUUAUAUACUUAUAACUGAAAUGAGCUUAAAUAUGGUAAACCCAAACUCCAGUACUUUAUAAACGUUACUUUAUUGUUUGUAAAAUGCGUAACUAAAACAAAUCUUAGACACUUAAUCAAGAACAUAAUAUUACAACAACAAAUAAUAAGAAAUAAUAAUACAAAACAAAAACAUAUACUUUCGAGUAUAUAGCUAUGUAAAAGCAUAAAAACAAUUUAACUGGCAUACCAACAGUCGACAGGUGUUCACAAAACUACUUAUAAUAAUAAUAAUAAUAAUAAUGAAAACAUUUACAUAUAUCAUAAUUUAAUAAAAAACAAACAAACUUGUUACAGAAACAAAACAAAACAAAAACGAAAGGAAACAAAAUAAAAGAAAAGAGAAAUUAGUAAAAUAUGAAAUCAAGCAAAAUAUGAUUAAUCCUAAAACUACAACUAAUUGGUGUCUAGUCUAUGUUCAAGACUUUAAAAGCAACAAAAUUCUUGAAAACAAAAACCAGGCGUACAUUAACAAAAAAAGUAUCAAGCAAAACAUAAAUUAAAUACGAUAGAAAUUAUGAAGCGAAACUAAUUAUAUAAGAAAGCUGAAAGUGCUGGCCAUUUUCUUCCAACAAAACAACACAACACGCAUACACACACGCACAUACCAACAGCUACACAUACACGAUCGCACACUUAACACACAAAAAAACCAAACACUGACUAAACCUAAAUCCAACAACAAGCAAAGCUCAAUGAAAACGUUGAAAAAUAAGCGAAACAUGAAACAUUUUGAAAUAAAAACGCGCUAUAAAUAACAAUUGAAACUAUUUGUAUUUUAACUGUUGUGUUGUAAUUUAUGCAUAAAGCAUAUUUAAUUAUGUAUGUGUAACAAAACAAAAGAAAACAACAAAAAAAACAAAGCAAAAAACAUGUAUGUAUUUAAUGAGAAUAUUUAAAGUGUAGACACUGCUAAAGAAAAAGAAAAAAGCCGAAAGAAAAUAUUUCAUUGGAAACUUGCAAUAGGCGUUAAUAAAUUUAAGGAAAACAAAUUAUAUUCAAUUGAAAACGCCGCAGAAGCUGCUGAUAAUACUAAAACAAAAAUCAACUUACAAUUUAUUUGCUUUUCAUUUACCAAUGCCAAAAUAUAUAUUUAUUUGAAUUUGUCAUUUAAGCGCAGCAGACAUUGGCAUGGAUAUCUUAAAUAGCAAAACUAACUAUAUAAGUUAUAGGAUCAAAACCCCGGGUAAUGUGUCGCAAUCAGUGCAGAGGCAAACAUGACGAAUGAAUACAAGUUUAAUAAAAGCGAUUAAAACACAAAUAACGAAAACGUCUUCUUAUUUCCAACUGAGAAAUGGGGUAAACAUCUAAGCGUAGCAUCUUUUUUAUUUUAAGAAUUGCUAAAUGGAAACCCUCCCAUUUUUCGAAGCCAUUUUAUACCGACUUUAUAAUUUUUAUUCACUUAAAAACGUAGUUCCAAAUACACUUAUAAUUUUACGGUGUUUAUUAUAUGUUUAUGUAUUUAUCUUUAUGUAUGUGUGUAUGUGUAUUGUUUAUUAUCGUUAUAUAAUGUAUAAAGAACUCCGAUUUCAAUCGAUCAGUUUCAAUCGAUAAUGCACGAAUGAUAAGUGAUUCUAAUUCUUGUUCUUUUUCUUUUCUACCACAUUUUUUUGGGUGUACCAAUUACAAAUUACGUUCUGAUCCAUUAAUUUGGUAUCAAAACUUUUUGAAACUUAUUUACGUUAUUGAUAUAAGCUGCUGAUGUUGGAUGUUAUAGCUGGAGGUGGAUGUUACCCAUGGAUGCCGUAUUUUUUCCUCCAGACUGCAAUUGUGUGAUUUAAAAUUGUUGUUUUGCUUUGUUGGUUUGUUUUUAGGAGGAAAAAUUCAUUUAAAAAAUUGUUGUCUUGUGUAAAACUAGAAAUCUAACUGUAAAGAUCAUCAUCGCCAUUGUCGCCUGGCGAGUUAGCUGGCAUAUUGGUGCCAGACCCUGAGGUGUUGCCGGAGUUACCGGGGAAUCUGGAAGCAAUUCAAUGAAAUCCCAGUUAACAAUCAAUUGAUAAGAAGGUAAAAUGCUUCUCGAAACUCACCUGAAGUUCUGUCCAAAGCCACGUGACUGCUGCAAAGUCUGAGCAAACAUUUCGUAUUUGCGAAUGUCAUUGUCCGAAACGGAACGGCGAGCAAACUUCAUGGCCUCCUCGAAGUGUGCACGUGUAAUCUCCGGCACUGGAUCAUCCUCAUCCAUCUGUGAUAUAAAAACAACAUAGUAAUACCGAAGACAAUUUGAUAUAUGGUGCAAACUUUAAUACUUACGUCCAUGGCGGAGUUCUGGUUCUCGGCACGAUCCUUUUCGCGACGAAUCUCGGCCUCGAUGGCCUGGCGAAUAGCCAGUUUGCAGGCACGUUGACAGAUCUCAGUCAAAUCGGCGCCAGAGAAGCCCUGCGUAACCUUGGCAAUGUAUGUUAGAUCAACCUCCUUAGCGAGUGGCGAUUUUCGGAGAUUGGCUUUCAGAAUAGCCUCACGCGACUUGUCGUCGGGCAAUGGAAUAUAGAUCAACUGAUCUAAACGACCAGGACGCAAGAUGGCCGGAUCAAUGAUGUCGGGUCUGUUGGUUGCGCCAAUGAUAAACACAUUCUUCUUGGCACCCAUGCCGUCCAUUUCGGUCAAAAUCUGAUUGAUGACACGAUCGGCAGCGCCACCAGCAUCACCCACAUUGCCGCCACGAGCCUUGGCAAUGGAAUCCAACUCAUCGAAGAAGAGCACACAUGGAGCAGCCGAGCGU